UUAUUUUCAUCAAUUUCUUUACAAUAAAACAUUUCAUUGGCUACCACAAGAGAAAACUCGCAAUGUGAAAACUAUUGGAACAUAGUAUUUAUGUUUGCAAGCACUAAAUAAGUGAUUCCAGAAGUAAAAGUUUAAAUACACACUGCCCGCGCGCCAGAAUUAUAAAAAUGUACUCAAAUAUAAUCUGUAUUUCAAAGUACACUCUUGGCCAACGUAAGAUGUCACAUUUUUAAAAAGUAAGAUACACUUAGUGCAAAAAAACAUGGCGUUACAUGAUUCAGGAAAAAAUUGAUCUUAUUUUGUCUUUACAAUGGAUUUAAUUAAAGAAGAAAUGAAAACAUCUUUCUGUGUGAAUUGUUUGAGCAAGAACGAUAAUAGGAAUGAAAAUUACAAACUACAGAGUGAACAUUUGAAAAUAAUAUUAAAGGUUGAUGAUCUCCCUCUAUGUUUUAUGUGCAAAAAACUAGUACAGAAUGCUGAAUGUGUUAUAGAGAAAAUUCUAAGUAAUCAAUUAUUAGUUAAUUUACAUAAUUUUUCAGAACAAACUAUUAAUGUUAUGGUAGAACCAUACUUUGAUAUAGUGUUUUUAGAUACUAUUGAAUUAUCUGGCGAUGAACAAACGGAACCUACAAUUUCUGUAUAUAAACAUGGUGUUUAUAAAAAGGAUAUUAAGGAUGAAAUGAAAUUUGAAUAUGAAGAUUUGCGGGACAAUGAUUUGAUAGAUGUACAAGUAAUUGUUAAAAAUGAACUACCAGAUGUUAACACUGAAAGUGAAAGUGAUGUUCAGAUUAAAAUACCAAAGGAGAAUAUUAAAAAGAAAAGAGUAACUAAGAAAGGUAGAAAAAGAGAAGCCAAAGUAGUUACUAACGGAAACUUUGAGGAGAUAAAUUGUGAACUUGACAAUGGGAGUACUAUAAAUGCUAUGGAUUUAUUACAAGAAUUGGAAACAAAGGAACAUUUAACGAAACUGAAAAAUAAAUCUAUUGAAAGAACGACAAUUCAAAAGUUUUAUAUUAACAUAGAAGAAUUAAUGCAAGAGAGAUAUAUUAAGACCAAUGAAGAAACAUAUAUCAAUUGUGCAUAUAAAUGUACGGAUUGUGUAAAAGGUUUCGCGUAUAAAGCUACUUAUCAUAAACAUAUGGAAUUACAUAGUAAGGAUAACGGUGAUUAUGUAUGCAAUAUAUGUAAACAACGAAUGGAUACUGAAGAUAAAUUAUUCAGACAUAUAAAAUUACAUCAAAUUCGGUAUAAAUGUUUAAUAUGCGGUGUUAUACAGAAAACAAGUAUGAGGGACCAUUAUAAUUCACAUCAUAGUAAAGUCGCUGUACUCUACACAUGCAAAACCUGUCCUAAAACAUUCACCGAUCGGUAUAAUUUAAGAAAGCAUUCCGCCAAUUGUCUUAGAAACAGACGCGUGACUUGCGCGCAUUGCAUGAAAACCUACGCUAAUAAAGAUGGACUCAGAAAUCAUAUACAAUUGAGACAUCCAAAUAUACUUCCUCCAAAAGUAUUGAAGAAGACAAUAAUAUGCAAGGAAUGUGGGAAAGGUUUUCUAACUCCGUCCCAACUAAAGGCUCAUAAUUUGAAACAUUCCUCGGAGAAAAGAUUCUAUUGUGUUGAAUGUGAUAAAAGUUUUAAAUGUAAAUAUACAUUAAAGCAACAUUUAAAACUAACAUCGCGGCAUGCCAACGCUAGCGAAUUACAACAUGCCUGUACGCAGUGCGACAAAAGAUUCGGCAUCAAACGUGAUUUGGAACGUCACAUGAACAGAAUACAUCUCAAUAUAAGACCUUAUAAAUGCGAUUUAUGUGAGAAGGCAUUCAAUAACAGUUGGAGCGUAAAGAAACAUAAAAAGAGUGCACACGAAGGAUACAAGAGGCCCUACAUAUUCCCUUGCACUAUGUGUGAUAAAGUAUUUGACCAAAAAUCGAUUCUCAAAUCGCACAUUCGUACGCACACUGGCGAGCGACCAUACCAGUGUACCAGAUGUCCAGCGAAAUUCACACAAUCCAGUAGCCUCGGCACCCACACAAGACUUGUCCAUCUCAGGCAAACUAGAAAUGGCAAACCAAAAAGCGUUAAAUAAACUAUUAAAAACAAAAUUGAUUUUAAUUUCCGUCUAUU